AUGGGCAUCGAGUCCAAAAUCACGUCGAAAGGCCAAACGACGAUCCCGGCCGAGAUCCGUGAGUUUCUGGCGCUGCACCCCGGCGACCGUAUCGGCUACGAAAUUCGGGACGGCAGGGUCGAGAUCGUGCCGAAAAACCGCAGCGCGCUGGAUUUCGCCGGUAUCUUGCAUGAUCCGGGCCGAAAACCGGUAUCGGUGGAGGAGAUGAACGAGGCGAUUGGCGCCGCUGUCACCGAGCGAUAUGAGCGCGCGCUGCUGACGCGUGAUGACGAGACGCAAUACCAGGCGGCCGUAAAGCUCAUUAAGGCAGCCCGCGACAACGGGCCGCUUUUUGUCAAUCCGCUGGUGGUAACGGAGGCAGUCUGGGUGCUGGAAAGCGUCUACGAAACAGAUCGGCAAGUCGCGCGAACCCAAUUGGCCGGCCUUCUGGACACCGUGGAAAUGGCGGUGCCGGCGACCCUUGCCAUUGGCGAAUGGACACGGUGGAUGCAAUCGAUGCACCGGGACAUGGCAGACAUUGUGAUUGCCGAGACAAACCGCGAAAGCGGUUGCACGUUCACUUACACAUUCGACAAGAAGGCGGCCAAAACGCCCGCCCGCCUGAUCUCCGCCGACAAGCGCGACGAGGAUGCCGACGCCUCCCUGCGGCCGCGCACGCUGGACGACUUCACCGGUCAGGCGGCGGCGCGCGCCAAUCUCAAGGUCUUCAUCGAGGCGGCCAAAAAACGCGCCGAGGCGCUCGACCACGUGCUGUUCGUCGGCCCGCCCGGCCUUGGCAAGACGACGCUGGCCCAGAUCAUGGCGAACGAACUGGGCGUCAAUUUUCGCGCCACCUCCGGGCCGGUGAUCGCCAAGGCCGGCGAUCUGGCGGCGCUCCUGACCAAUCUCGAAGAGCGCGAUGUCCUGUUCAUCGACGAGAUCCACCGGCUCAAUCCGGCGGUCGAGGAGAUCCUUUAUCCGGCGAUGGAGGAUUUCCAGCUCGACCUGAUCAUCGGCGAAGGGCCGGCGGCGCGCUCGGUCAAGAUCGAUCUGGCCAAAUUCACCCUCGUCGCCGCCACCACGCGCCUCGGCCUUCUGACGACACCGCUGCGCGACCGGUUCGGCAUUCCGGUGCGGCUCAAUUUCUACACCGCCGAGGAGCUGGAGACGAUCGUCACGCGCGGUGCCCGCAUCAUGGGCCUGCCGAUGAGCGGCGACGGCGCCCGCGAGAUCGCCGCCCGCGCCCGCGGCACGCCGCGCAUCGCCGGCCGGCUGCUGCGCCGCGUCCGCGAUUUCGCCGAUGUCGCCGGUGCGACCGAAGUGGACCGCCGCGUCGCCGACGAAGCGCUGUCGCGGCUGGAGGUGGACGCGAUCGGGCUUGAUGAACUCGACCGGCGCUAUCUGGACCAGAUCGCCCGCAAUUUCGGCGGCGGCCCCGUCGGCAUCGAAACCAUCGCCGCCGCGCUUUCAGAGCCGCGCGAUGCGAUCGAGGACAUUAUCGAGCCGUUCCUGAUCCAGCAGGGCUUCAUCCAGCGCACGCCGCGGGGCCGAAUGCUGACGGCCAAUGCGUGGGGCCAUCUGGGCCUGACCGCCCCCGCCGACCUCGCGGCCAAGCAGGCCGGGCUGUUCGAUGAGGGGGAGUAG